AUGUCUGAGCACCAGAUUGUCAUCAUCGGCGCCUCUUUCGCCGGUCUCUCAGCUGCUCAUGGCCUCCUGAAGACUGUCCUGCCUACACUCUCAGGCAAGCAGUUCAAGGUCGUGCAGAUUGCUCCCAAUGAGGAGUUCUUCUGGAAAAUUGGUGCACCUCGAGUCAUUGUCGACCCUGCCUCUCUUCCUCUUGAGAAAGCCCUUCUCCCAAUUGCCCCCGGCUUCAAGAAGUACACCCCUGAGCAGUACGAGUUCGUCAAAGCAUAUGUCACCUCGAUCGACCCUGCGAGCAAGACCGUCAACACCAACACCUCUGCUGCUAUUCGUUACGAUUCACUCAUCAUCGCCUCGGGCACUAACUUCGCUACUCCUAUCUGGACGGUGUCAGAUGGCUCCGAGCCCCUCAAGAACGCUCUUGCCGACCUGCAUCAGCGACUACCUAAUGCUGAGUCCGUCCUCGUCGGGGGUGGAGGUGCCGCUGGCGUUGAGACAGCCGGCGAGCUUGGCCAGGUCUACGGGAACAAGAAAGAGAUCACAAUCCUGUCAGGCACUACCGGUCUAUUGGCCAGCCUGUCGAAUCCCAAAUUCGGGCAAGACGCAGCUGCUCGCUUGCAGAGAAUGGGAGUCAAAGUCGUCAACGACAACGUCCGUGUUGUUGAGCAUACCAUGGCCAAUGGCAAGGACGUGUUGAAGCUCAGCAAUGGAGAGACCAAAACAGUAGAUGUCUACAUCGAAGCAACUGGCGACAAACCUAACACCAAAUUUGUGCCUCAGGAAUGGCUGGAUGCAAAACAGAAGGUCAAGGCCGACGCACAGACUCUUCGUCUAAACGUCCCCGGCGUGACCAAUGUCUAUGUGUUUGGGACAGUUGGUAGCUACUCAAAUGGCUCCGUGGUCGAUGUUCAGUUCGCCAAGGGUGCCCUCUUAGAGAGCGUGAGGAGUGACCUCUCUGGAGCUGGUAAGUCGAACGCAAAGAAACAUCCUGACAAAUUUGCUGAUAGCGAUACAGAACCCGGACCACGGACUAAGAACAUCUACAAGAAGAUCACCAGCGACAUGAUGUUUGUUCCAAUUGGCCCGACUCAGGGAGUCGGGGCAGCAUUUGGCUGGAAGGUCCCGAGCUUUCUGGUCAAGUUCAUCAAGUCUAAGGACUUCAUGAUAGGCAAUGCGGCCAAGACAAUUGAAGGCACGGCUUAG